CGGCGGCCGCGAGCAGGGACUUCCGGUACCGGCGGCACUUCCUCCAGAUUAGUGACGUCACAGAGACCAUCUGGGGAACACCGAACAUGGACGUCAGUGGCACGCAUCGACUCGGCUGGCCUCUUCACAGAAGUACUAUGGCAAAGAGCUGGGCUCUUUCAAGACCCUGGAACACGGCGUUCGAGGCACCGUGUACGCGGUCGACUCACGCACCCUCUACAUCCGCAACUUCAACUAUGACGGCCAGGGUCCCGACGCGUUUUUCUACGUGGGAUCGGGAAACCGGCCGUCCAACUCCGGGUACAAGGUGCCGGACGAGAAUGGCAGAACUGAGCCUCUGAAGGCUUACCGCAACAAGGACAUCACGCUGACGCUUCCGAACGGCGUCACCAUGGACAAGGUCCAGUGGGUGUCCGUCUGGUGCAAGGCCUACUCGGUGGAUUUCGGUAACAUCAUCCUCCCGCGACCGGUCACCGACUACCCGCGGCCGCAGAAGCUCGGCAGGAUGGUGACGCGCGAGCACGGCGUGGCCUCCGCGGACGUGGUCGCCGUCGACGCGCAGACGCUGCUCGUGCCGGACUUCACGUAUGACGGGGAAGGCCCAGACGCGCACUUCUGGGCGGGCACGGGCAACCCGUCCAACACGGGCUUCAUCGUGCCGGACGAGAACGGCAGCCAGCAGCCGCUCAAGAGCUACAAGCGCAAGACGGUGGUGCUCACCCUGCCCGGCGACAAGACGGUGUUUGACAUCGACUACCUGAGCAUCUGGUGCCGCCAGUACUCGGCCGACUUCGGCCACCUGUCCAUCGACCGGCGCGGCCUCAACGUGCCGCCCAGCCUCAAGAUGCUCGGAGUGCAGCCCCAGACGAAGUUGAACUGUGAAGUUCUGGACGAGGAACUGGCCUUCGAGGUCCGGUGGGCCAUCGCCGGACAGUCGAUGGUCAUGCAGCUCGUCAGCAAAAUAGAGGACGGCCAGUACAUGGCGUUCGGGCUGAGCGGCCACCCGACCAGGAGCGUCAUGAUCGGAGCCGACGCCGUGGUCACCUGGCUGGACCGCCGCUCGGGUCAGGGCGUCGCCGAGGACUACUUCCUGCAGUCGAAACGCCAGUGCUCCGCCAGCAUGGGCGCCUGUCCAGAUACACAGCUUCAGGGCGGCAAGAGCGGCGUGCGCCUGCUGAACUCGGCCUUCAUCAACGGCUUCUCGAUGCUGACAUUCCAGCGGCCGCUGAACUCCUCCGACCGCUGGGACACGGCCGUGGUGCCCGACCAGCGGCAGGCGGUGGUCUGGGCCGUGGGACCGGUCAGCGCGGCAGGGGACGUCGGCUACCACCGGCGCCGGGUGCGCGGUGACCUGCAGCUCCUCUUUGGCCGCGCCCCCGCCUGGAACUGUCCCGUGACACCAGCUGAGAGCACCGACCGACCGCCGGAGUCUGCUGCCGAGCCGCCGCCGGCUCCGGCCUGGCACGUGCCGCCCAUCCCCUGUCACGAACCCGACGACCGGGUCUACUAUGUGCAGUUGGGACCGACGGGCGGGCCGCGAGGCUACAGCGCCAUCACGGGACGCGUCGGCUGGGGUGUGGCCUGGUACGUCAACGGACUCCUGGUGCCUGAGAUUAACGUGGUGCGCGGCAGGACGUAUACGUUUGUGGUGGAGGGCGGCGGUGACCCCGAGAGGCCGGCCAAGUACCACCCGUUCUAUAUCACAGACGACCCCGAGGGAGGCUACCAGUUCAAGACGCCGCAGGAGCGGGCGCGAGUGCGCGUCCUGGCGGGCGUGGAGACGGACGCCUCGGGUGUGGCCCGUCCGACGGCCACUGGUCGGCUGUGUCAGUGGCGAGUGGACAGCCGCCGCCGACCGCCCGCCGCCGGCUACAACUCGUUCGGAGCCUAUCAGCGCACUCUGCAGCUCGACUGUGAGGAGGGCCAGCCGGGCAUCCUGCAGUGGACGCCAGACGCCGAUACGCCCGAUACCGUCUACUAUCAGUGUUUCACUCAUCGUUUUCUCGGCUGGAAGAUAAAUGUGCUCGACUCCUGUCCAACUGGCAGUGCCGUGCCAGCCUCACAGCUCAACCAGAUCAAGAGGGUCAUGAAAGGUGCCUAUGAUGACUACGACUAUUACGAGGACGAAGUGGCCCAGUCGAGUGUUCGGGUGGAACAGACGGUCCCCAACAGCAUCCAGCCGCAGCAGCAGCCGGCCUUCAUUGACUUCUCAGAGGGCUCCGACUUCGACUGGCCGUCCGAGCCUCCGCCAGCUGCCGGCCGCCUCCGGCCCCAGCGGCCCAAGGACCGGCCGAACCACGGGUUCCAGUUUGACGACUUCCCGCCGGGGUUCCCCCGACCCGACCUGCCGCCGCCGUCCGAUCACAUGCCCAUUCCGCGGCCCGACUUCGACUUCGGCGCUCGGCUCCGUCCGCGUCGGCCCCAGCCAGAGGUUAGCCGAGAGCCGGAGCGGUUCCCUCCUCCGCAGUCGGUGGUUGAUUUGCCGGCUACGUAUCUGGCUAAAGAGAGGCCGAUCUCUUCUGAUCGGGGUCAACCUCAGUCGAAGGGUGGUGGGGUGGUCUAUCGGCAGCCACAGCCGCCGACUGUUCCUCCCCGACGGACUCAGCUCAACAGAGUUCAUCGGCCUCCUGUGAAUGACGUCAGUGACUACAGUCCCACACCGCCCCCGCCACCGCCGCGUUCGUCCACCAGACCUGUCCACAGUAACGGGCGAAAGCCGUUCCCCCGUCCAGCACCCGCUAAAGAGACCACAGAGAGGACUGAGGUGGCCAUCGAGCCCGCAGAGAUCGCACCGUCCCUCCCACCGCCGCCCCCUACCUUCCGUCCAACCAGCUCCUCCCGUCUCCCGGUGCCAUCCAGACCGACCUACAACAGACCCGGUCGGCCAGCCGUCUCGACACCCCCUCCUUCUCUACCACCAACCGCACCACCCUCGACAGCUCCACCCUCACCGCCGUCUCGGCCUCCGACCGCGCCAUCCUCUCGGCCACCAUGGACGGCUACCAGUCGCCGGCCGCCGCCGCAGCGGCAGGUCUCCUACCAGCCCCCGGCCCGAGAGGCAGUCCCUCCACCGGUCUCCCCGGCGCCGCGGGUGCCAGCCGUGGUGUUUGGGCGUCCCCCGGGGGUCAGCGCGGAGGCGGUACGCCCAUUUACCCAGCAAGUGACUACCUCUCCGCCACGGCCCAGUGUGCCUGGACAUGGAUUCGACCCCAGUGAUGUGGUGUUUGAAGGCGGAUUUAUACCGGUGAAACACAGCGAUCGCAAUAAUCCACCUCUAGCAUUCGAGGUGGACGAUGUAGCGGGAGGAGGCGUGGUCAAGUCCCCGGCACCGGCAGCAGUCGCACAAAGCGGUAACUCAGGGUUCCAGCCGUCGCCACAGGACGGCCGGUUCAGUGGCCCGCUGUUGGCCACGAGCUCCAACCGUCGCCGGCCACAGGCGGUCAGUAUUCCCCUGCCAGAGUCGUUGGUGCCAGUGGGACCUCCGAUCGCUCCAACCGCUGAUACGCGAGUCGAGACUCCGCCACCCCGCGAGCCUUCUCGGCCUCCGAGCGAUCAGCAAGGAUUAAUCCAGGUGGAUUCUAGACCAGCUGAGCCUGAAUUCCGACCAGAACAGCCCCAGUCCCGACCAGAGCAGUCCCAAUUCCGACCAGAAGAGCCUCAAUUCAGACCAGAGGAACCCCAGUUCCGGCCAGAGGAGCCUCAGUUCAGACCAGAAGAGCCCCAGUUCCGACCAGAAGAGCCUCAGUUCCGACCAGAAGAGCCUCAGCUCCGACCAGAGGAACCUCAGUUCCGGCCAGAGGAAAACUCUUUUAGACCGGAGGAGAUUCAGUUUGUUCCUGGUGAGCCGACACCACCAGCGGGCUCAUUCCGACCUCCGCUGCCGCCGGGUGCCGACCAGCGCCCUCCGUUCCAAUUCGGUCCGACGGGCGUCCCUGGAGGAGGGGACGACCAGCGCGUGCGGCCGCCGCCGCGCCGCCGACCGCAGCGGCCGUCCGGCGGCUUCCUCGACGGCCUGCUGAGCUACCUGCCCGGCCUGGGAGGAGGUCGGCCGGCCCGGCGCCGCCAGCAGCCGCCGCCUCCGCCCCGCUUCGGUAACCCGAACAGACGUCUGGAGCUGGGAGGGCCGGGAAGGCAGCCAGGGCGGCCGCUGAGACCGCCGCACCGCCUGCCCACCGAGCCGCGGAUGCAGGCGGUGUUCGAGAGCGCGCCGUUCCGACCGUCACCUGUGGACCCGAGUGAUGAAGAACCACGCCAUCGACAGAACGAGCCCGUGCAGGCUUUCAUCCGCGUGUCGCCGCAGCAGGCCACCCCAUUGAGAUACCAGCAGGCUCUGCGGGAACGGACGGUAAGCGCCGGUUAUACAGGAGGAUCAGACCGUGGGACGCCUGAGAGGCGGUACGUGGAUCCCCGAGACAGUCGCCCCGAGUACAGCUCGAGGUUCGAUCAGGACGAGUCUCGCGGCAGCGGAAGGCAGGAGACGAUGCUAUCCAAACGUUCCGGACUGGUCAGCGGAUCGGAGCUGACGCCAUUCCCCCGGCGGUCAGAGAGGCCUCCCGUCGACACCCGACCACAGACUGACACCGACCAGACUCGGCAGACCUCUGAGCAGACGCCGGCUUCCUUCCCUCCCCAGCAGACCUUCACACAAGGAGCACACAUCAGUGUCACCUCAGAUCCUGAGCCACCUCGAAUCCCGGCACCAGGACCCGACAUUAGCGUCGCUUCCAACCGUGGGUCAUCUCAGAUGUUUGUAUCAGAGCCAGAAAGCACGGUUACUUCAAACCGCCGGCAAUAUCCGACCACUGCAUCAAAGCCAGACACCACAGUAUCUUCAGACGUUGAUCCAUCUCUGACUUCGACGCCUAGCUCAGACACCCGUGCGCCUUCAGAUCCCGUGUCAUCUCAGACCCUGGCACCAGAGCCAGACCCCAUAGCAACCCCGAGCCAAUCUCUAGUUAGUUCUUCUACGUCAGCGUCACCGACGGAACCAGCUCCGGCACCAGCACCAACCAAACGUCCUCAAAUGGCGCCAGCUUCGGAGAAAAAAUAUCGACCGCCAAUGAGAACAAAGACUGACUCCGAGUCGAUCCCUCACAACAUUCUCGAAGAUAUUUGGAGCAGAAUGCGCGAGGCGGGUGGAUCUCAAAAGACAGUCUGAUGAAAUAGAAGGGGAAUCGGUAACGACUAACGAGGCACAGUUGGUAGGCGACGAAGACGUGCAAUGCAGCGUGUCUUGGAAGAAGUAGCUUCAGCAUCGAGAUCACUUGGAGUUGUCGCAACGGCAGGAGCGACAGCGACGCGAUGGACUCUUCCGCUCUUCAAGCGCUACCCUAAAAAGCGCCUCUCGUAGCUGCACUUCACACGGCCACAUGCGGCCAUGCUCACAAAGAAUGAAGUUUGGCUCCUGGUGUUGUCCCAAUUGCGUCGAUCGAACGGUUUCACUGUUACUGAACAACUACGGUUCUGAGACGCACUAUACUUCAUCAGUUCUAGACGUACGAGUACUUAUUACCGUGGUGCCGAAUUCCGCACAUCCGAGAGGUGCAGGCAUUAAUCAACGUUCAGCAUGUCAAUAAUACCUAACCUACCUAUUCUCCAUCGCUUCACGAGACCACAUUUAGUCCCCAGUGAACUGACAGACCUGACCGCUAUUAAUUUCAUAGACACUCAAUGUUUAGUAUAAUAUGAACCACAUAUAUUACACUGAGAAUACAGCGAUCUGUAACUAUGUAGGGGAGAGUGGGGUAAUUUGGCCGCUUUUU